GCAUUCUGGCGUUUGAAGCAUAUUACGAAUGAAAGUAAAAUGAAGCUUGUCUUUCUGUUGAUCGUUUUGGUGGUGUACGUUUCGGUUUUAAUAUCAGGGGAGGAAUACAAGUCGCAAUAUGAUGAUAUGGACGUCGAUGAGAUUUUACGCAGUAAGAGGUUGUUGAAGAACUAUGUUGACUGCUUGUUGGACAAAGGAGGAUGCCCACCACCAGCCAGAGAAUUGAAAGAUCACCUCGAUGAUGCCCUCAAAACGGAGUGUAUGAAAUGCACCGAAAAGCAGAAGAGUGUGGGCACCAAAGUUAUCAAUUUCAUGAUAGAAAACCAACCAGAUUUGUUCAGUACUCUGCAGGAGAAAUAUGAUCCAGAAGGAAUCUACAUGGCGAAAUGGAAGGCACGCAAAGAAUCAAAGAAAACAGAGGAAGAAGUGCAAUCUUAAGAAUAUUCGUAGAAAAUGUUUCAUUUUUGUGCGAAAUUUUUUCAGAUUGUUGCUUUCACAUUUUGCUAAUGAAAAAUGUCUUAGGUAAUUGUUAUGCAAUAAAAAGAAUGACUUGAA